GCUUCAGCCUGGCGUACGAGCUGUUGGCGGGGUGUGCGGGAUGUUUGCUGUGUGCAAACAGCUGUUGGUUGAAAGCUAGCUGAGGCGACAUGGCUCUGCUACGACUGAGGAACCCAAAGGGCCCGAAUGCAGCAGAGAUAGAGAGGAAAAUUAAAAGGGGAAAUGCCCUGAGGCAGGGGUCUUCGUGGCGGGGCUCGCGGGGGCUCCUGGCAUUGCUCCUGGUCGCUCUGUGUGCUAGUACAGUUGCCGCCUGGCUAUACCUGGCUUCCUUGGACGGUGACAUCACAGAAACUCUGGCCAGUCGGAGGGAAAUGAUCUCGCCUCAGCCCAGAGUCUACAGUGUUCAAUGCUCAGAGGACUACGAAAACUACAAGCGCUACCCAGGUUGCACCCCUCAGAAGUGCGGCCGAGCCGUCACUGACGGCGUGGUGACGAGCGAAGAGGCUCAGGCCCUCCGGAGGCUGGCUGAGCGGGGGCUGGCGCUGGCCGGGUCUGAGGGAGGGGUAAAUAUUUCACACACCCAGAUUUUAAUUUCUCGCAAAUUAAAAUCCUUGUUCACAUGCAGGGUUAAUACACAAAAAAAAUAGUAAAUGGAAAAUGUU